GACGGCGUCGGUGUGCGCGUUGCCAAGCAACAAUCUGUCAAUUGUUCUUUGCACAACAGGUGAUUUUGUUUUCAUUCAUAAACGCCACAAUAUAGGCGAAGAUUCGACAAAAUGAUGUCGCGUACGGUAAACGUGGCCGUAGCUCAGGUCGCGUCUUCCAGCGGCGUCUCGGACGUCGUUUCGCAGGAGCAACCGGUGAAACCGACGGUGGCCGUCGCGUCGACCAAGGGUGCGACGACGCCGGGUGCUCAACAGUGCCAACAGUUGGACAAAAGUGAAAUCAAUAACGCGGUGACUAAAGUUUUGCAGGGCUACGACUGGACCUUGGUGCCUAUUGCUUCCAAGGCUGCUUCAGAUAAAAAGAAGCACGUCAAAAGACCGAUGAACGCUUUCAUGGUGUGGGCCCAGGCUGCUCGACGAAAGUUAGCCGACCAAUACCCACAGCUCCACAACGCGGAAUUGUCGAAAACUCUCGGGAAAUUGUGGAGAGUUCUCAGCGACAACGACAAGAAGCCGUUCAUCGAGGAGGCGGAACGACUUCGCGUCAACCACAAACGAGAAUACCCGGACUACAAAUACCAACCGCGUCGAAGAAAACAGAACAAAGCCGCCGACUCGAUUCACCAGCUGCCCCACGGCCAAAACGUAACAUUUUCCAGGACUCUGAAGCAAGAAGAUUCACCCUGCAGCCCCAGGAGUCACAGCUCGGCAUCGCCGUCGACGUGUUCUUCGCAACCGAAUAGUCCGCAGCUUUCCUCGCAACUAUUGAAGAGCGGCGAACAGCACCCUAUAGACCUGGACUGCCAUAGAAUACCCGAACUAGAUGGAAGCUACGCGCUUUACGGCCCUGAGGACGCUCUCGAUUGUAGCGACCUUGAUCAGUACCUACCUUCCGAUUCAGGGUACCACUCGUACCCUGCAUAUUCGAAGCACGGCCAGCAAGAACAAGAGAGCAACAACAAUUACAAGUCCAAAAUGGUGUCGUCGUCUCAGGAUGCAUUCGAAGACGGCUCCUUCGGCAGGUAUCACGAGUUGCAACCGAGCGCUGUCAAAUCAGAAAGAUAUGGGCAUACCAACUCUUCCGGAUUGUACACCUACCAACCCAGUAUUCAAAACUCCGCGUACUAUUCGAACAACAGCCAGUAUUUGCCCUCGUAUCAGUAUAUGCAGCAGAGAUCGAUGUUCAAUGGAGCUUCUUCUGCUGGUAACUUUAGCGCCGUCGAAGGCAGUGCUGACACGUGGGGCCCUUACGCGAUGUGAACGUGCGCGGUCACUUUAUCUUGUAAAUAUGUUUGGUUUUGCAUUAAGACCUUGUAGGUAUUACCUUCGCCCGAUCUUGUGAUAUCGUCCAAGCCAUAGAGAUGCGCGUACGGAUUGAUUUUUUUGUUGUUAAUGCCAAGAACAUUGUUUUUAUUUCGCAGAAUUUUACCUUUUUUCAUCCCAUGAUCUAUCGCUUUAAGCCCCAUAUUUAAGUACGAAUUAGUAUUACAGACAUUUCGGUUACGAAGACUUGAUACCGUUUUAAAUGACGUCACUUGUUGAGUUGUAGAUCUGAUACGUUUAGUUUUUUUUUGUAGUA